AUGGCCUAAAAUAUUUCAUAUAACGGUGAAAAAAAGGAUAAAAAAAGAUAGAACCUUACCACAAGCAAAAAAGAAUUAUAAGAAAGUGUUGAAAAAGCGAAAGCAUUAUUAAUUGAUACUUAAAUAUAAGAAGCAAUAGAAGAAGUAAAUAGGGCUAUAAUGGAAUUAAAAGAAGAUUUAGGAGGAGAAAGCUCAGUUUUAUUAUUGCCUGGAUACUUUAUAUUAGCAGAAUCAUAUAUAGCUGAAAAAUAGUUAAAAAAAGCUGAAGAUUUCCUAAUUGCUGCUUAUUGGAAUUUUUCUAAAUAUAAUAAAAAACUAGAAAAAAGAGAUGAUAAUUAAGGAUAAGAUGAUAAUAAAAAAGACAUUGAAUUAAUUGAUGAAGAAGAAGCAUUAUCUUACAGAGGUACUUUACACAAAACAUUUUCAAAACUAUUUUUAGCUUAAAAAGAUUAUAAUAAAGCUUUAGAUGAAUUAAAGAAUGGAGUAUAUAUAUCAUUAUAAUAUAAAAUAUAAAAAAAAAAUGUAAAUUAAUAGAUUUAUAUGGAUUGUAUGAAAUAUGGUCCUGAAGAUUAUAGAACUAGUAUUAAUUAUUUUUAAAUGGGUAACAUUUUCUUAUAAAAAAAGUCUAUACCAGAAGCUGAAGCAUUUUACGGAAAAACUUCAGAGAUUUGGUAUAAAUAUUUUAAAAUUUUUUUUAAAUAAAAUAAUGAUUAAAAUGACGAUGAUAAUACAGAUAAUAUGGUUGUAAAAGAAGCUUGUGAUAUUCUUUAAACAAUUUAAAUGCAUUUCGAAGAAAUGUAUUAAGAAGAAGAUAGAAAAAAAGUAUUUAUUCCAUUAAUUGAUACUUAUAGAGCAUUAGCUCUUAUUUUUAAAUAUGCUAAUGAUGAUGAAAGAUAUAGAAAACAUAUUUAAAUGGCUUUAGAGGAAUGUACUAGAUGGGAAGGAGAAAAAAAAACAUAAAAAAAACAAGAAAAGCUUAGAAAAAAUUUAGAAGAAUAAAUUGAAUAUUAAGAUUGA